GAAAGUAUCAGAGUGAGGUUGUACAGCGUGGAUAUGAGGCGUAAGUUUCUACACACCAUAUGCUGUAUAUUGGGAUGUAUUGAAAUAUACGAAGCGUGUCACGUAGCUGAACACAACACAAGGAAAAGACGUCAAAUUAUCAGCAGUUCUGAUAGUCAGAUCGAAAUAACAAGAGAUGUUCGAGCUUACUUCUCAAGAUGCUUACGAGACAAGGUAGGAGAUGUAUGGGAUUGGAACAGCGUUGUAGACGUGUCAAUACUUGAUACGCAGUGGUACGAAAACUCUGAUCAGUCAAACUGCAGCCGCGCCGCUGAUCGAGACACUGCACCAUGUUGGAAAGCAAGAGUGAACGUUUAUCUUCGUAAUAGUUCCAACUUAAUUCCACCUAUAGAAGAAUGUAUUGAUAUGUUUACUACUGACACCAGUAAUGGACGAAGAUUUUAUUUAUUUCCUGCUACAAGCUCCAACAGCAUUGCUGAAAACGGAAUUUGCUCAAAUGUAAAUCCAAGCCAAGCUCAAUAUUUCCCCAACUCGGCCACCAUAAGACAAUACACAUCAUGCAACACUCAAAGAACCACAACACCCCGGGGUCGCAUCCCCCUGCAUUAUCCUUCGGUGUUUCAAUUCUUUGAAGCACACACAACUUGCGGGGUCGAAUUCGUUCACUGCAGCAAUCAACAGACAGAAACUUUAUCAUUGGGCGAUCCUACAGUAUCAAGGUGGCCAUAUAGAAUGGAAGCUUUACUAAAACCAGAUACUUCCACGCUAGACUCAGUUGUUUCUUGCAACCAAAUAGUUUUUCCUUUAGCAGACACAGCGGCGGCAUGGACUUCGUGGACAGAUUGCGGCGUGACCUGCGGCGGUGGUACAAGCACAAGGAGUCGGGAAUGCCCGAGUACUGUAACAGACUGUAUAAGCGAAGAAACACGAAAUUGUAACACUAAGCCAUGCCCGGGUUGCAGCUUAUCCACGGCCUCCCGGUCACGAUGUGGGGCGAUUGGAAUCGGAAAAAGUGCAUGCGUUGCUUUGGGUUGCUGCUUUGACAGAAACUCAUGCUACAGAGCAGCAUCCACAACAAACAUAUUUGACGGCACCUUUCAACCCACUGUACGCCCAAACCAAAAUGUUGGGGGUGAAACUGGCUCACCUGGCUCAAACUUUAAUCUGAUAUGCGAUUCACGAUUCUCUGCAUUACCAUGCACAAAGAACAUUGUUACAAAUGGUGGUGUUUGCCAGAUGCUUGCUUGCUGUUGGGAGCCUUCUCUUAGAGUUUGUUAUCGGGCUCGAUUUCAAAUUAUCCGAAUACGAGAUGAUUGCCCAGCAGGAUCUACAAACCCACCCACAUGCAGAGGUAUGGGUAAAUGUUAAACAUUUAUCCCUGUGUGGCAGGGCAACUUUAAUAAUCCUAUAUCAUACUUAAAAUACUAAUGUCCUAUUUUAUAGCUAAAGUACUGAUGUCUUAUUUGAUACUUUAUACCAGCGGUUCCCAACCUGUGGGUCGCGACCCCAACUGGGGUCGCCUGACAAUUUGCCUGGGGUCACCUGAGGCCUUCUGAGAAGUUUAGAAUUUCAUUAGUUUAGAAAUUUAGAAAGUUAACUCUUAACAAUGGGCAGCUCACCACAGAGCGCAUUGCGAUUUUACUAGAGUACUAGACAAACCAGAAUACCCUGGGCCUCAUUACAGGAUUUUCGUUUAAUAAUGGCAAAUAUGCUCGGAAAGUAAGAUUUUAACGGCAGUUUAGCGGCCAUGAAAAAUUACAGGAUUUACU